CUCAGUGAGACCAUAAACACUUACAGACAGAGCGGACAGUCUUGUUGGACGUCUCCGGUGUCGUGGACGUGUUGGUGCAUUAUUCAGAGGAGCUCAUUAGGAUCUCAGUAUAAGUAAAAGGCCUUAGCUCGGUUUAACGUCGGAGAGCUGAAAGGUAUCGAGGUUAAACCUUUUCAGAGCUGCAAGCUGCUCCAACAUGCACACACUCUUGGACUUCUUCAUGGCCGGACCUGGACAGACUGCUGCUGCUACCUUGAUGGGACGGUGAAAGGCGUCUUUUCUUUCUGUUUUUUAUUUAUGUUUUCUACUAAAACCCCUCAGAGAGUCCCGCAGCUGCAGCGGAGGAAGAGGUUCCUUCAGCGGGUUGUUUUGGUGUCCGAGGCGGGGAAGGAGAAGUGGUUUUGGGGUUUGAUUUUCUCCCGUGGCGUCUGUGUGGAGCGUGCCACACACCCACUCCACAACAACGACGGCUUUUGCUUGCAUCUUCCAGUGUUUCUUCUGUCAGCAAGUCCAACAGAGCUGCAACUCUUCCAGUGCCAGCCCUGACACCAGCGAAGAGCCCUGCCAAACUGACAUGGUGAAGAUGACCAAGUCAAAGACCUUCCAGGCUUACUUGCCGAGCUGCCACCGCACCUACAGCUGCAUCCACUGCCGGGCGCACCUGGCCAACCACGACGAGCUCAUCUCAAAGUCAUUUCAAGGCAGUCAAGGAAGAGCCUAUCUGUUUAAUUCAGUGGUGAAUGUCGGCUGCGGGCCAGCUGAGGAGCGGGUACUCCUCACGGGUUUACAUGCUGUGGCUGAUAUCUACUGUGAAAACUGUAAAACCACCCUGGGCUGGAAAUAUGAACACGCGUUUGAGAGCAGUCAAAAGUACAAAGAGGGAAAGUUCAUCAUCGAGCUGGCUCACAUGAUCAAGGACAACGGAUGGGAGUGACGCUGCUCUUUUCUUUUUCCUGACCUUGGAAUGCUCUUUAAUGAACUGCGUGGAGCGACGACCAUCGACCACCCCGCCCUCCCCUCCCAGACCCCAUUAAAAAAAGAAAAACCUCCA